AUGUGUUAUCAAGUCAUCCGAUUAUUUGAGUGCACUCACCAAAGCCCUUCGUUAGAUAUUCCAUGCAAGCAGCCAUCGGAAAACUGCGGUGGUAUCUUUCUGAGACAGGAGAUUGAAGAUACGAAAGGACUAUGUGAGAAAUGCCAGGGAGCUACGGAAAUGAGAGGAUCUGGGACAGAGCCGGAAGAUGAGGGUUAUUGGUCAUGACUCUGGUCCGCAGUGUGGAGAAAGGGACGCUCAAUGUGCUCAUAACGACGAAUGAUUUCUAAGGAUUAGAAACUUGGAUUAUCCUGGAAUAGUCCAACUCUCAAUAGCAAACACUACGUCACACUGGUGCACUCCCCAAAAGAACAUUGCG